AUGGCGUUCACCGGCCUGUCCGCCGCCGCCUUUGCCGCCCCGCCGCCCUACGGCGCGACCGCCGCCUACGGCGCAUCCGACGUCACCCACAUGCAGCCGGCCCUGCCAAUGGCCGGCGGCCAUGCUUCGCCCGCCCCGUCGAUGGCCUCUUCGGGCUGGUGUUACCCGUUGCCGCCACCCGCGCCUCCCCAGCAGCAGCCGGCCCAGGGCACCGGGUGGGCCCCGCACUACCCGCAGGAUCUCCCCGCGGGCCACCAGGGGUUCAUCGGCGCGCCUUACCAGUCGACCGGCGCCAGUUACGACGCUCUCCUUGUGCCGCCGCACCUCGGUGGUUAUGGCCCGCCCGCUCCGGCGCUGCCCUACGGGGGCCUUUCGCCGCCGCCGGUACCUGUGCCAUCGGACCCCGACCUCCUCGCCGCGCAACACUCCGCGCCGUUGCCGAGUAGCUCUGUCGGCGGAGGCGACUGGUACAUGGACUCAGGUCCCUCCGACUGUGGAUUAUUUGGCGCCAGCCCCCGCGCCCCCUACCUGGAGCGAUGCGCGGCGGCACCCCCCGUCUCGGCGCCUUCUGCCGCCACCUCCCGGGUUCACGACUCCCUCUUACGAGGUUGA